UUUAUGUAUCCCUAGUGUGUUUGCCCGCAGCUCUUUGCGUUCUCAUCCAGUUGAAUCUACAUUUUCAUCAGUGCUGUCCCCAAAAGUGCCACUGCUGUGCGCGUUAAGGCGACGGUGGAGCAGCCAUGUCCACUGGUUCACCUGUAAGCGAUGCUGAGGACUACGACACAACUGCCACGCCUUUGGAGAGGACCACAAGGAAAAGUACCUGCUACAAGGCCCACCUGUACUCCGACGAAGAGCUGGAGGACGAUGGGAGGAUCAGGCAGGAGCGCAAAUUGUCCAAAGCGCACCAGAAGGACGCGCGCCAGACGCAGAGGAACGCAGCCAACGCCAGAGAGAGGGCGCGCAUGAGAGUGUUGAGCAAAGCUUUCUCCAGACUAAAAACCAGCCUGCCAUGGGUGCCAGCGGACACCAAACUAUCCAAAUUGGACACGCUUCGACUUGCUUCUAGUUACAUCUCUCACCUCAGGCAACUUCUGCAGGAUGACCGGUUCGAGAACAGCUUUGCGCACCCAGUCAAUUUGACUUGGCCCUUUAUGAUGACAGGGCGAUCAGAGGACAACCCCGACAUCUCAUCCACUGUAAGACUGUGUGGAGCAACAGCAUAGAACUCCCUUGUUUAUUCACCAAUUCAGAUCUCCUUCUUGAGCCUGGAGAGAAAAAAAAAAAAAAAAAAAAAAAUGGAACCUGAAAUCAACCUUGUCGCUGCUCAUCUUUGACAGAUUGUCUGCUUCUUCUGAUCCUGUUCCUCUUUCCUUCUACAAUGUAAACAUUAAACAAACUCCAAUUUACAGCAGUUUCUAUCAUGUAUUAGUCUUAUAUUGAAUCAGCUGACAGGCCAUUUCAAGGAUAAAUGUAAAAGUUUCACUAUUUUCCGAAUAUUUUGUGUGCAUGUUUGCUGUAAUUACAUUAUUUUUAUACACUGUUUUUUUUAAACAAUAUUUUUCUUUUUAGAUCCUGCAUUUGGAUUUACUCAGCUGUACUCCUGUUGCUUGUUUCGCUCUUUUAUUGACCGAUGGACAGUACAUCACAUCACAGCUCAGUGUCUGUUUUUUUAUUCAGAUGUAUAUGUCACAGAACGACCAAGUUGUAG